UAUUCUUCCUUUAGGGCCUUAAUUUCGAGGAGGACUGGAAGCUUUUGACCAUUCUCAUGGGCAUGAAUGACAUAUGUGAUUACUGCAAAGAUAAGGCUCUAUUUUCAGUGGAUAAUUUCAUUCACUAUAUGACCGUCUCCUUGGAAAUGCUUAUGAAUGAGGUUCCUCGUAUGAUCGUUAAUGUUGCUCAGAUCCUGCCCAUGCAGACUCUGAGGGAGGUGCAGAAGCCCACCCCAGGGUGCCUGCUCCAAAGGUCUUUCUGCUCGUGCCUGAUAGAGCCAGUAGCCAAGUCUGCUGAGCUUCGGGAGCUGAUAGAAGUCAAUCUGGAGUUUCAGAAAAGACUUGAGACUCUGCUGUACAGCGAUCGUUUCUUCAGGGACGACUUCGCCGUCGUUCUUCAGCCCUUUCUGAAACUAGCCGACCCUCCCCGCCUCCCGAAUGGGAAGAUAGAUAUGACCUUCUUUACUCACGACUGCUUCCACUUCACCAUGAAGGGGCACGAGGAGCUGGCCAAGGGGCUGUGGAACAACAUGUUUCAGCCUGAGGGGGGAAAGAUGAUAGUGAGCAGCUUCUCUGACCCCAUCAGUCUCAUCUGUCCACCUCUGGAACACCCGUAUAUCUUCACCAGGCCGAUUGCAGCCAAGUCGGGUCGUCCCCUCCGGCCUGGCAGUCUGUCCCAGGCAGCCGUCCUCCUGCUGCUCCUCGUGGGUUUGCCAUGUCUCGGACUUGUGUAG